GCUGCACGCUCUGUGCUUCCAGCACCUUGCUCUGGUUCUUGCUCUUGUCUCACUACUUCCACGACCAACGCACUCUCUUCACUUUAUUCGCUUCUAUAGGCCGCGUCGAAUAGACCGUCUCUCACCCUGCAGGGGCAUAUACCCCAACGCCUCUCCUUUGAUUAACUUCAUUAGACUAUACCCUGGUUACGUCGGCCACAAUGGCUUCUUCUACCAAUAUCAAGGUCGUCUGUCGGUUUCGACCUCCCAAUUCGAUUGAGCAGCGUGAGGGGGGAGAGAUCGUAGUGUCAUUCGCUGAGAAUUUAGGUACGGUCUCGAUGCGCUCAGCGCAGCUCGGGUCAGGUCCCGAGAAGGAUGGAUUUACGUUUGAUCGAGUCUUUCCACCUGGUACCCAGCAGCAUGAGGUCUUUGACUAUGGAGUGAAAGAUAUUGUCAAGGAUGUACUCGAUGGUUACAAUGGCACGGUCUUCGCUUAUGGUCAAACUGGUUCCGGAAAGACAUUCACGAUGAUGGGUGCUGAUAUUGAUGACCCCGAACUGAAAGGUCUCAUUCCACGAAUCACCGAACAGAUAUUUCAAUCGAUUGUAGAGUCCGAUGCUCAUCUCGAGUACCUCGUAAAGGUAUCAUACAUGGAAAUCUAUUUGGAGAGAAUAAGGGAUUUGUUGGCACCCCAGAACGAUAAUCUUCAAGUACACGAGGAGAAGUCCAAGGGUGUCUACGUCAAGAAUCUCUCCGACUACUAUGUCAGCAGUGCCCGGGAGGUUUACGAAAUCAUGCGACAAGGUGGUGCAGCGCGAGUUGUUUCAUCAACCAACAUGAAUGCGGAAAGUUCACGGUCGCAUUCCAUCUUCCUCAUCACCAUCAAUCAGAAGAAUACUGAGACAGGUGCUCAGAAGAGUGGUAACUUGUACCUCGUCGAUCUUGCUGGUUCAGAGAAAGUUGGCAAGACCGGUGCAUCUGGCCAAACGCUCGAAGAGGCGAAGAAAAUCAACAAAUCUUUGUCUGCUCUCGGCAUGGUUAUCAAUGCGCUCACGGACUCAAAGGCUAAACACAUUCCUUACCGGGAUUCCAAACUCACUCGUAUCCUUCAAGAAUCACUAGGUGGAAAUUCCAGGACCACGCUCAUUAUCAAUUGUUCUCCCUCUUCGUAUAACGAGGCAGAAACACUUUCAACCCUUCGUUUUGGUAUCCGUGCUAAAUCGAUCAAGAACACUGCUCGUGUCAAUGCAGAGCUCUCACCGCUCGAACUCAAGGGUCUUCUUGCCAAAGCCCAGGCCGCCAACAGCAACUACCAGAAGUACAUUGCUGCACUCGAAGCCGAGUUGGCAGUUUGGCGUUCUGGUGGACAGGUCGAGCAAGCAGAUUGGGCAACGUCUGACAAGCCUGGUGCGGCCGCUGCUGCAGCUGCCAAGAAGCCCGCUACAUCACCUACACCUUCCUCCGUGAGGAGCAUGACCCCUGUUAACCCUGUCCUCGAGGGCCUGCGGAAUGACCUGGACAGCAGACCACAGACACCAACAGUUGUGGGUCUGGAUAAGGAUGAGCGUGAGGAGUUCUUGAGGCGAGAGAACGAGUUGAGCGAUCAGUUGGCUGAGAGAGAGUCCGCACUUGUGACUGCUGAGAAGCUUGUCAAGGAGUUGAAGGAGGAGCUCACAUUCCUCAAGGAGCAGGAGGCUUCGCUCUCGAAGGAGAACAAGACGAUGUCUGGUCAGCUGAACGAGCUUCGUUUGCAAGUAGAGCGCUUGGACUACGACAACAAGGAGAGCCUCAUCACUAUCGACAUUCUGAAGGAGCAGAAUCAGGAUGCGAAGAACGAGUUGGAAGAGUUCAAGAAGACUAUUGCCGAUCUCAAGGCUGCCCAGAAGGAUGCUUCUGCGGAAGACAAAGAGAAGCGUAAACAAGAGAAGAUGGCUCUCAUGAUGGCCAAAUUCGAUGCUCAAGGCACUUUCUCCGAGAAGGAUGAGCAACUUCGCUCAAUCCUGGCUAAGCUGGAUACCAUUGACAACGAUGCUGCAGUAUCAACUUUAUCGCAUGAUGACAUCGUUGCUCUUCGGCGACAGCUUGCAGAUGGGCAAACUCUCAUCCGCGAGUCUGUCGACCGCCUGAGGCAAAGUCAGGAGGAGAACGAGAUGCACACUCGCAGGCGUGAUGAGCUCGAAUCUCGAAUCUCUGCCCUUGAGGCUGAGUACGAGGAGCUCCUUGAGAAGACGAUUAACGAUGAGGAGGUCAGCAAUGUUGACGUUGGCGAGUCCAUGGCGGAGCUCAAGAACAAGCUCGAGGCACAGUAUGCAGCCAAGAGGGACGCUCAUGCUAGUGAAGUCCAAGACCUUAAGCAACAGCUUGAAAUCAAGGGCAAUGAGAUCCGAACUCUAAACGCCACGGUGGACAGCUUGAAGAGUGUUAAUGAAGAACUCAAGCGAGCCUUCGCUGUCACAUCAGCUGGCAUUGAAGGCGGAAAGAACCUCGCGGAGAGCGCUCAGGACUUGGAGCGCACCCGAAAGGCGAUAAGCGUACAGCUCGCUGAGUUCGAUGGCGUAAAGAAAUCGCUAAUGCGAGAUCUACAAAACCGUUGUGAGAAGGUUGUUGAGCUCGAGAUUCAGUUGGACGAAAUCAAGGAGCAGUACAACAAUGUUAUUCGUAACAGCAAUAGCAAGGCUCAGCAGAAGAAGAUGGCGUUCCUUGAGCGCAACUUGGAACAACUCACCUUGGUCCAGAAGCAGCUUGUGGAUCAGAAUUCCGCUCUGAAGAAAGAGGCAGGCAUCGCUGAGCGUAAGCUGCUUGCAAGAAAUGAACGCAUCCAGAACUUAGAAGCACUGCUGCAAGAUGCGGACCGCAGACUAGCAGUUCAGAAUCAGAAAUUCGAGGCGCAACUGCAAGCUGUGAAGGAGCGGUUGGAACAGGCUCGCGGUUCGUUUCCUCUCUUCACACACCAGUGUCGGUUUCCUGAAAGUUUUCUUGGUGUGUGUAGCACAAAAGGCCGCUUCAUCCCCUUUGAGCUUUGGGCGAAUUGCGAAGCCUUUGCGAGGUGGUGGAGGGGCCAACGCAUCCGUUGUCAAUACCAGCCCCAACUCAUCCUCUGUGAGCUCCGGAUCCGCAAAUCCCCUUGCGCGGUUACAGAACGAAGAAGGCUCCGGAUCGAAACGAGCGUCGUGGUUCUUCAACUCACGGUGAAGAUGACAUGAACCAGAUUGCUAGAUUUUAUUUCUCCAUUAAUACCACACACCCGUCGCAUUUGCUUGUAUGUUUUGCAUUACAUCCGCUGUUCACCGCUGCUCUUAAUACAUCUCUUUGGACACUGGAGUAUUGGUCGAACACAGGCGGCUCGAUGCUCCAGUCCUCAGGCGCAAGUGAUCCAGUCAGCAAGCACCCCGCGGCCCGAGUCCGCUUAGCGAAGAUGGGCACAUUCUCGGCCGCAAGAUGAUUGGACCAGUCGCGACUAACUGUGCUAAGCGAUGUCGGGGAAAUAUCUGUGUCAUUAAUAUUGCGCUAGGUAACGGCGGCAGUGAAGCCUAAUAUGAUACAGGUCGCCGUCCGGUGGUCGGCAUCCGGUGAGUACGUUGAGCAUGUCGUUCAGCAGCUCGUCCUCGCUGUGGGCAAUAUGUGGCAUGAUUCCUCGCCACAGGGGGGAAGUUAUAUGCCCUGCGGUGAACAACGCCAACAUAGCGACGCGCGGAUGCAAAAGUUCCUGAAACUCGAAGGUGAUCGGGGUUGUCGCCUCGGCGGAAGUGAUUGAAGCUAUGAUCCAUAUUCCCCAAACGGGCAAGCGAGGUCCAGCACAAUGGCAAGUCGAUACGAAGAACGUUACACGUGGCGUAAUGAUUUGACCCAACUCUUGGUCCCGACGCGUUCAAGCCCUGCCUGCGUUGCUCUCUCGCCGUCUGGCAGAGGCUGUCGGUUUCCUCUCUUUUUCUCUCCUUUUUUCCUCUGCUGUUCCUUUAGAAAGCACUUCACAAACUCUUAUUGUGGAUCUUUGUACCGGUUUCUUACUAAUUUGUGAGUCCUGCGUCUGUCGCGGAGUUGACUUGUGCCUUUACCCGCAGGGUCUUUGACGUAUAACCUUCGACUUUUCAACUCUCUUGCUCCGCGUUGCUCUUGUUGUUGUCUUGCUGAUACACGUUGUCAGUGUAGUUAAUCCUAUAGCACUGGUGAUUCAU